AUGCCGCGCUGGGCCUCGUCCGUCGUGGCCGUUGUUGUGGCUCUGACUGCAGCGGUCGUGCAACAAGUGCACGCGGCCGCAGCGCAUCAGAUGGACUUUGCCGCGUGCCCCGUGCGCCAUCGCCCCGAGUACUACUGCUGCGAGUACUCUGAGACGACGCGCGAGCUCUUUACAAAGUACAAUCGGCCGACCGGAGGCGCCUUUGAGUCGUACUACGUCACGGGAUGGGCUGCCCAGCGGCAGGUGAACUUCCCCUAUACAAUGUACCACCCGAGCACGCAGAAGUUCUACUACGACAAACCCGAUACGAUCUGUCGCGUCCAAGCGAUUGUGGACACCGCAACAGGGGCACUGACUGAAGCACUGCAGUGUGCCGACACGAACGCGUCGCUCGCGGCCGCGUCGCAGGACAGCACCGUCUACUGGAACUACGCCGACAAUGUCCGCAACAACAACGCGUCGUUCCCUAUUGGCGCGCGCUGCUACAGCCUCAUGGAGGCCGAUGGCUCGGUCAAUACGGACCAAAAGGCCGCGUGCAAGUCGCUGUCCACGGUCUCGGACGCGCGCUUCACGACGUUCCACGAGACGCCGCUGGUGAUCAUUUACCUGCUGUACCUCGCGUUCUUCCUCGUGCUCGGGAGUUGGGUGGCCUUUAAGAAGGUCCACGAGACCACGAACCAGUCAAUGGACGAGAUGCACAAGAAGCUAUUGCCGACGCCCCAGACGCAGCAGUCGCGGACCGUCGCCCACAAUGCAGCAAGUCAGUUCUCCAGCGCCUGUGUCUCGGACGCCCACGUGCCGACGGAAGGCGCGGACGACCUUCUCCAGAUGGGGUUCACGAGCUCGAUGCUCGGGUCGGCCGUGCUCGGCUGUGUCGUCGUGGCGUCCGCGGGCCUGAACGUCCUCCUGGUCGUCAUUAUCGUCGACUACUAUGGCAACUUUGAGCCGCCGCUCUUUGACGCGACCGAGCACAAUGCGCUCGUGUUUAUCAUCGUGUGGGUCAUCACGUCCGUUUGGUUUGUCGUUAUUGUCGCGCUGCAAGACCGGAUCCUCAACUUCUUCCGCCUUCGCGUGCCCCUGAGCGAGUGCGACUUUGUCUACAUGCUCAAGCGCGACGAGACGGAAGUCAUGCUCUCGGAUCGCUCGGGCGUGUCGGACUUUGUGGCAAAGGUCGAGAACUACUUUGCCCCAAAAGGUCGACUUAGUGGCUACCGCACGACAGUCCCCGUGCGAGUUGAAGACAAUUUUCGGAUCGUCGAGUUCCAGCACCUGCGGUACAUUUACGAGGAAAACCACAAGCGGUUUGUGCCUGGCGUCGUCGCGCUCGGACGGACGUACGACGACAUGCAUCAAGAAGCGGGCGGCUUGACGGAUACGGAAGCGCGACUUCGCAUCAAUACGGUGGGACCCAACUCGGUGGACGUCGAGAUGCCGUCUCUCCUCGUUUCGAUCGCCCAGGAGUUUUUCAAGCUCUUUUACAUCUACCAGGUCAUGUGCUACUACGUCUGGUACUACUUUACGUACUGGAACAUGGGCAUUGUCAUGACGAUCGUCGUGCUCGGAGCUGCUGCUGUGAACAUUUACACCCAGCGCCAGAUCCAGUCGUCGAUUGUCGAGAUGACCCGGUAUCGCACGGACGUGAUGGUGUGCCGCAACGGCGAGUGGCGCAAGCUGUCGUCGCCGGACUUGGCGCCUGGGGAUCUUGUGCGGGUGUUGGAAGACUGGGUAGCGCCGUGCGAUAUGGCCAUUGUGAAGGGCACGACCGUGUGCGACGAGUCCAUGCUGACGGGCGAAUCGAUGCCUGUCCAGAAGUUCCCGAUUCCCGAGCGUAGUGCCGAGGUGUACAACCCCGAGAAGGGCAGCAAGAAGCACACGUUGUUUGCUGGUACGUGCGUGCUCUCUUCUGGUCGGAACGAAGAGAUAUUGGCGAUUGUGCAGACCACGGGGGCACACACGACAAAGGGUCAGUUGAUCCAGUCGAUCUUGUUCCCGAUCCCGAUGCGCUUCAAGUAUGACGAGCACCUGAAAGUCCUGAUUGCUCUGCUGCUUGUCUACGCGUUCAUUGCCUGUAUCGUCGUGAUCCACUUCCUCUUCGGCAACGGGAAGCUGAGCAACCGAUACGCUGCGUUUUGCUACGCCAUCUUCGUGCUGUCCUGUGUAAUCAGUCCCCUGCUUCCUGUCGUCAUUACGGUCGGUCAAGUGAACGCCUCGCAGCGCCUCGAGAAACAAGGCAUUUUCUCACUGAACGUGCAGCGUAUCACGCUAUGUGGCAAGGUGCGCAUCUUUUGCUUCGACAAGACGGGUACGCUCACGAAGCAGGGGCUCGACUUCCUCGGCGUCCAACCAGUGAAGGACGCUAGAUUCGGCCCCAUUGUCAGCGAUGUCAAGGACGCACAGCUAUCGGAAGAGCUGCUGUACGCAUUGACGACGUGCCACUCGGUAGGGUCACUCGAAGAUCGUCUCGUGGGCAACGAGGUGGAAGUCCGCAUGUUCACGUCCACGGGCUGGACGCUCGUGGAGGAGGAAGGCGCGCAGCCGUAUGUGAGGUCCAACACGGAUCGGGAACUCGAGCUGGAGUUCAUCAAGCGCUACGACUUUGACCACCACCGCAUGUCCAUGAGUGUUGUCGUACGCAACCGCAAGAGCGGCAGGUACUUUGUGUUCUGCAAAGGCUCGUACGAGCGCAUGCAGCAGCUCAGCACGGCUGCCACCGUGCCGGAUGAGUACAAGAGCGUGGCUGACCGGCUUGCGAAGGACGGUUGUUACGUGUUGGGUCUGUCGUACCGUGAACUACCGCAGGAGUGGACGCACGAUGAGGUUAUGAGCUUUGCCAACGACCGGGACGCUGUGGACGAGAACCUGUCGCUCUUGGGCUUGAUCCUGUUCCGGAACGAGCUGAAGGAAGACACGGCGGAUGCUAUUGCGAAGCUCAAGGGUGGCGACAUCCGCACGGUCAUGAUCACGGGUGACAAUGCCAUGUGCGGGUGCUACAUUGCGCGUCAAAGCGGUAUGGUGGAGUCGAGCUCGCGCGUGAUUUUAGCUGAGAUGACGUCGGCGUCGGCACCCGAGACGAAGAAGCUCGUGUGGCGCGACGUGGACUCGGGUGAAGAGUACGACUUGGCCCAGGUGAAGCACUUGGUGGAGCACGACGAAGACGCGGAACUGGCUGUCACAGGCGUAGCGUUUGAUUACUUGGUGGCCACCGGCAAGAUCCGGGACUUGCUGCUGAACAUCCGCAUCUUUAGUCGCAUGACGCCUGACGGGAAGGUCGAGUGCGUGAAGCUGCACAUGGAGACAGGAGCGGUGACUGGUAUGUGCGGCGACGGUGGCAAUGAUUGCGGUGCGUUACGCUUCGCGCAUGCUGGCGUCGCGCUCAGCGAUGCCGAGGCGUCGGUCGUGUCCCCGUUCACAAGCAGGGACAAGUCGAUCCAGUCGGUGGUUGAUCUGUGCCGCGAAGGGCGCUGCAGUGUGGCCACGUCGUUCGCGUCCGUGAAGUUCCUUAUCAUGUACGGCCUCAUUGGAUCGUGCUUUCGGUUGUUCAUGUACUACCACGCCAUCAGUCUGUCGCAAUGGUGCUGGAUUCUCGUGGAAGGCUUCAUGCUGGUCGGGUGUUCGUACGUGAUCACGCUGUCGAAGCCGCUGGAGGAGCUGAAAGCAGCUCGACCGACGUCCAGUCUGAUCGGACCCACGACGUUGACGUCUCUGCUGGGCCAGCAGGCGAUCAAUACCAUUUACCUGAGCUGCGCGAUCCACAUGCUGUCGAGUCAGGUCUGGUACUGUCCGUUUUCGCCGGAGAACGUGAACGUCGCACAGUGGUGGCUCAUGUCGGACAACCACUUGGCGACCGUGCUCUUCUUCUCGGUGAUCUUCCAGCAGCACAUUUCCGCGUGGGUCUUCAGCUUUGGCUCGGUGUACCGGCAGCCCAUCUGGCGGAACUACACGCUGCUCGUGUUCUUCGGCGUGCUUGGAGCGCUCGACUUGUACAUGCUGCUGGGCGAGCCAAGUAUCGUCAUGGACCGUUUCCGCAUUUCGAGCAGCACGAACGUUGUGGGGCUGCCAGACAUCCCGAUGCCGCUGAGCUUUCGCGCCAAGUUCCUUGGCCUGCUGCUGGGCAACGUUGGUACGAGCAUCCUCUUCGAGUACGUCGUCGUGCUUGGCCCCGUGCGCUCCUAUUUCCGCAACAAGUACCACACGGACGUGCUUCCAAUGAAGAAGUGA